UUUUUUUGUCUCCUCUAUAUUUCCUUCUCUCUCUGAUUAGCCGGAUCUGUCGGAGAGAAACAUGACGACGAGUAUUCACAUCACAGCUCUAGACGGAAUCGUCAACGUGAACUCUCUCUUCACCCUAGCCGUAUUCAUCGGAUUAGCUUGGAACCCUACCGAUCCUAACAACAGCCUCGUAACCGACCCUAAUUGCGUCCCUACAACUCGUAUGGCUGAGAAUCUCGUCGCCUUCCAUGUCUACUCCUUCGCUUCGUUUCUUUUCUCGAGCCUCAUAGCUCUAGGUCUCAAACAGGCCAUGAGGCUUAACAUAGCUUCUUCGUUUCACUUCUCUGCUCGGAUCGAUCCUGUGGUGUACUAUGUGAACAAGACGGCUCUUAGAUUUGGGAUGGUUAUCUCCGGUUUAGGAUCGGUUUGUGGAUGUGGGUUUCUCAUGUUGGCUUUGAUUAAUGUUGUUCAGAUCAAGCUUGGGACUUUGGGUUGUGGUGCUAGUGGUCAUACUUAUGCUGCUGUUGUCCCGCUUCUGAUUCUGGUCCCUUCUGCUCUUUUCAUCUAUGUGUCUCUUAUGUUAUAUGCUUUUACUCGUUAGAAACAUGGUUUUUUUUUGGUUCCAUGAAUUUGAUACAGUUAGGAUUUUAUGUAUGUUUGUAUGAUGAUGUGAUGGGGAAAUGAGAAUGAUUCUUAUGCUUGAUAUGGUUCUUCUAAAUCUUUUGGUUUUGGCUUCUGAUUUAAGUUUUGAUGUCUGAGUUAGGCACAUGUGUGUUUUUAUCUGGAAUAUUAACUGGUGGAUUCAAGCGGAUUCGAUCCAAGGAAAUGGGUGUGAUAUUAUGCUGGAUUCUGAUGCUUGUUUGGUUUGAUCGAUUCUCUUGGAUUAUUGAUAAAGCAGAGUUACUGUACAAAGGAAAACUUUUUACCCUCCUUGGAGUCGAAACAUCAAAAAGAGAAAAACUUUUCUUGUUUCUAGUUUUGUGUCUUCUCAUUAACCUGAUUGAUUGGUUUCCUCUGUCAUACUAUCCCACUUGGCUCCGGUACUACUUCAGCUGAAUCGUAUGCGUAAAUAGCUUUGGGGACUGAAGAAAAAGAAUCUCAUGUGGUGGUCAUUGAUCUUGUUCUCACUAAAGGCUCAUAAUACUACUGGUGUUACACAAGUGGUUGUUAGAAAUAGAUAAGCUCAUAAGGCCAUUUUGAAGUUAUCCUUUGGUUUGUGCUAUUGGUUUGUCAUGUAAAACCACCUCUUUGCUUUCUCAAAGGUUCAUAUGAUUAGAUUAGAGACUAACGGCAGCUGACCUUACUUUAGUUUAUAAUAACUCUGCACUAUGAAGCCCUUAAUGCGGCUGAUUAGGUGAAGUAAUUACUAUGUUCUUUUAGUGCUUCUUCCACUAUUUCUAUGUGGAUUUUUUUUAUCCUGCCAAAUCCUCCGGAAAUGCCAUUUCAGUUGCUAUAAAUGUGUCAGGUUGCACAAGUAGUAUAUGCAUAAUCUAGUCUUCUUCAAAAUGGGAACCCAUGUUUUAUCUCGCAUUUUAUUCCUAGUUCUCUGCAUCUACAGCCUUAGAACCAUGGUUGAUGCGGCUGGAGAAUGCGGGCGAAAUCCCCCAGAUAGAGAAGCCAUCAAGCUAGCUACUUGUGCAAUGGCUUCACAAGACACAUCUGCAAAAGUGUCUCCAACUUGCUGUGCUCGAGUGAGAGAGAUGGGAAAGAACCCGAAAUGCCUUUGCGCUGUCAUGCUUUCUUCCACAGCUAGGAGCUCUGGAGCAAAGCCAGAGAUCUCAAUGACAAUUCCUAAACGUUGCAACAUCGCUAGUCGUCCCAUUGGAUACAAGUGUGGAGCUUAUACUCUGCCUUGAAGCAGCAGACAGAGCAGUAUACGUGAUCUUCAAAAUUGUCACACGUUCACAUGUGUAUGACUUGUAGUUUCAAUAAAAAUUUGGAUCAAAACGGUGAUUGAUCAUGAAAUGAUAUGACUUGCUACUGAGA